AUGUGUGACAGCGAGACAGCAGGGAUUGAGAAGACGGAUCAAGAGGCAUGGCGGCGAUUGUUGGAGCAGGCGAUGGAGGGCGGUGGUGAGAUGGACAAUGAGAAAUUCCUCGAGAAGAUGAGGCGUCGACUGGACAGCGUUGGCGUCUCGUUCCCCGGAGUGGAGGUGCGCUUUGAGGGGGUGAGCGCGUCCGCCAAGGUGCAAGUGGGGGCGAGGGGCCUGCCGACGCUCUUCAACCAGCUCGCCAACUCCACCUCCGCGCUACUGAGGGAGCUGCGCCUACUCAAGGACCAGCGCCGCCUCUUCUUUGCUCUCGAAGGCUGCUCUGGCAUUCUGAAACCUGGAAGGAUGACGCUGCUGCUGGGGCCGCCAGGCAGCGGCAAGUCAACGCUGCUGAGGAUCCUGGCAGGGAAGGCGGAGAGGGAGCUGGGCGUGCAGGGCGAGGUGACGUACAACGGCCGCCCGGGCAGCCACUUUGUGCUGCCGCGCUCCGUGGCGUUUGUGCCUCAGACGGACUCCCACAUCGGCGAGAUGACUGUCCGCGAGACCCUCGAGUUCUCCGCUCGCCUGCAGGGGCCCGGCCACCGCGGAGAGCUAUUUCGGCAGCUGGAGGAGAAAGAGGAAAAUGCAGGGGUCCAGCCAGAUGACACCAUGCAAGCUGUCAUGAAGGCGAUGGCAGACGAGAGGCAGUGCUCCAACGUUGUGGUGCAGUUCGUCCUCAAGAUGCUAGGCCUGGACGUUUGUGCUGAUACCAUGGUAGGAGACAGCAUGCGUCGAGGAAUCUCCGGAGGGCAGAAGAAGCGGGUUACCACCGCCGAAGCACUUCUGGGUGCAAAGCAAGUCCUCCUAUUGGACGAGAUCUCCACCGGUCUCGAUUCCGCCACCACUUACCAGAUCACCCGGUGCCUGCGCAACCUCACGCACUUAACUAAUACCACCACCCUCAUCUCCCUGCUGCAACCCGCGCCUGAAACCUUUGAGCUGUUUGAUGACGUCAUGCUGAUGUCAGAGGGGCGGAUCGUGUACCAUGGGCCCAGGGAGGAGGUGCUGGGAUUCUUCCGGGAAAUGGGGUUUGUGCCGCCCGCCCGCAAGGGAGUGGCUGACUUCCUGCAAGAGGUCACUUCGUUAAAAGACCAGAAGCAGUACUGGCGCCCCGCCCAGCCCCACCGGUACCACUACGUGUCCGUCCGAGCCUUCGAGGAGGCCUUCCGAGCCUCCAGGUUCGGCAAGCAGAUUGAAGCAGAGCUCUCCAUUCCAUUCAAGCAGGAUCAUUGCACAGCCAAGGGAGGGAGUGAGGGGAAAUUUGUUGAUGACAGUGGAGCGGGUGAAGGGAAGGACGUGGAAAAUGGGGGAGAGGAGGGAAAGGGAGGCAGAGAGGACGGGAGUUGUUCUCUUGCUCUGGCGAAGAGGCGGUUCGCACUGCCUCCCCUUGCGCUGCUCAGUGUUGUAGCGGAUCGCGAGUGGCUGCUGAUGAAGCGGAACCUGUUUCUCUACAUCGUGCAGACCAUGCAGAUCCUCCCCCUCGCUAUAGUCACAAUGACAGUCUUCUGGCGCUCCCAGUUCUCCGUCACCCCAGUGGACAGCAAUUACUACCUGGGCGCCAUUUUCUUCGGUAUAAGCACGAUGCUGUUCAGCGGAAUAAUCGAGCUCACGCUACUCACGGCCCGCCUGCCCAUCUACUUCCUCCAAAGGGACAACCUGUUGUUCCCUGCCUGGGCCUGGUGUGUGCCCAUGGCGCUGCUCUCUCUGCCCGUCUCCCUCUGGUCCGCUGGAGUCUGGACCGCCAUCACCUACUAUGGCAUCGGAUUCGCUCCAGAGUUCUCCCGAUUCAUCGCUCAGCUGCUUCUCUUCUUCAUCACCCACAUGUCUGCCUCUGCACUCUACCGAGCCAUGGGAGCUGUCUUUCGCAGCACCACGCUCAUCAACACGCUUGGCAACUUCAUCCUCGUCACCCUCUUCCUUCUCUCAGGGUUCCUCAUUACCAAAGACGAUAUCCACAACGUGUGGGUGUGGGUGUAUUGGAUCUCGCCGCUCACCUAUUCACAAAACGCCUUUGCCAUCAACGAGUUCCUCGCCCCCAGAUGGGAUGUGCCCUCUGUCCCCCCAUCACUGAACACAACAAUGGGCAUUCAGGUGCUCACAGCACGCAACCUCUGGACACAGGGCUUCUGGGUGUGGGGCGGUCUUGCUGUUGGUGUCGUCUUUACUUUCUUCUGCAUUGUGCUUACCAUCCUCGCACUCGAAUACAUCAAUCGCUCAGCCACCUGGCCAAAGGCUCAGCCAGUGAUAUCGCAGCAUCAGCUGGACGCGCGGGAGGCAGCUCUCGUUUCCAUUUCUCCGUCUUCACCCACCCACCCCCUUUUCUCCCCGCCCUCCCCCAUCUUCACCCCAGCCUGGCCAAAGGCUCAGCCAGUGAUCUCCCAGCAUCAGCUGGACGCCAGGGAGACAGCGCUAGCCGGCACCAACCUGGACUUCGCCUCGCACUACUCCAAUCUCCGUUCCCUCACGCUCGCUCGCACUGGCACCACUGCCACGGCCCGCUUCCUUGCCAGCAACCGCUUCCGCUCCUCCAAGAGCCUCGCCAGGCCCUCCCCGUCUGCCCGCUCCAUGAAAAGCUUUUCCUCGGGCAGCCCGGCGGGAGGGGGAGGGGUGGAAUUGGAAAGGGUUGGAACGAUGAGCCAUAGGAGGGGGUUGGGGUUCAAGGGCAGCAGCUUCAUGGGUGGGGGGGAGUCCUUUCAGCGCAGUGCAAGCCGUAUGGGGUCAUUCAUGGGCAGUAAGAUGGGGGACGCAGAGGAAAGAGGUUCGGUUUUCAGGAGCGUGACCAAGUCCUGGAGAAAUUUUAGUACUGCUGGUGCUGGUGCUGGUGGUGGCGCUGGUGGUGGUGGUGGCGGUUGCGUCGGUGCUGGUGCUGCUGUUGCUGCUGUUGGGGAUGUGGAUGUGGGUACAGGAGGAGGAGACAGUGCAGUUAGCAACACAGGUGUCAGUGGUGAGAAGAAGCGGCAGAGGAAAGCAGUUUCGUUUCUGAGCGAUGCGAGUGAUGGUGCAGGGGAUACUGCAGGCAGCAGCGCAGGAGGAGGAGAGGAGAAGCAGCGACAGAGGAAAGCAGUUUCUUUUUUGAGCGAUGGGGAUGCGAGUGAGGGUGCAGGGGAGACUGCAUGCAGCAACACAGGGCAAGGAGAGAGGCUUUUAGAGCAGCAGAAGCAGCAGCAGCAGCAGAAGAAGAACGUUCUUACAAGAAACGACAGUCUUGAACGAGAUGGUGAUACUGCUGAUGUUGAUCUUGCUGACCUCGAACAAUUGAAGGACCUGAAACACGAGGAUGACGCUGACGAUGAGUUUAAUGAGUAUGAUGCCACUGGAGGCCUUGCUGGUGGAGGGGAUAUAGGCCAGCACGGCAUGGUCCUCCCAUUUGAUCCGCUCACCCUCUCCUUCCACAACGUCAACUACUAUGUCGACAUGCCCGCUGAGCUAAAAGACAAGGCCACGCCGCCCGGCGAGCGGCUGCAGCUGCUGCGCAACGUGUCCGGCGUGUUUCGUCCCGGAGUGCUGACCGCCCUGAUGGGGGUGUCUGGGGCGGGGAAGACCACGCUAAUGGACGUGCUGGCAGGGAGGAAGACCGGGGGGUACAUUGAAGGGGAUAUCCGCGUGUCUGGGUACCCGAAAGUGCAGGAGACGUUUCUGAGGGUGUCGGGGUAUUGUGAGCAGGUGGAUAUUCACACGCCCCAGGUGACCGUGCACGAGUCUCUGCUCUACUCCACCUGGCUUCGCCUGCCUGAGGAGAUCGACCGCGAUGUCAUCCUGGAAUUCGUGGAGGAGGUGAUGGAGCUGGUGGAGUUGGAACCAGUAAAGGGAGCACUGGUGGGGACGGCGGGGCAGGAUGGGCUGUCGGUGGAGCAGAGGAAGCGGCUGACCAUCGCAGUGGAGCUCGUAGCCAACCCAUCAAUCAUCUUCAUGGAUGAACCCACCUCAGGGCUGGAUGCGAGGGCAGCGGCCAUAGUGAUGAGGGCGGUGCGCAACACAGUCAACACGGGCCGCACAGUCGUGUGCACCAUCCACCAGCCGUCCAUCGACAUCUUUGAGGCGUUCGACGAGCUGCUGCUGAUGCAGCGGGGAGGAGAGGUCAUCUACACGGGGUCUCUGGGAAAGCAGUCGUGCGACCUCGUUAGCUACUUCAAGCUCAUCCCAGGAGUGCCGCCCAUCCAGCCCGGCGCCAAUCCAGCAGCGUGGAUGCUCGAGGUCACAGCGCCAGCAGCAGCAGAGAGGCUCGGGGUAGACUUUGCUCAGCUGUUCUGCCAGUCUGACCAGUUCAGGACCAUAGAGGCACUGAUCCAGGAAUCCAGUGAGCCACCUGAAGGGGAACCGGACCUCUUCUUCCCAACGCAGCACCCCACCACGCCGCUCUCCCAGUUCGCGACCCAUCUGUGGAAGCGGCACCUCAUGUACUGGCGCAUGCCCGACUACAACGGCGCGCGCUUCUUCUUCUCCUUCUUCAUGGCUCUCCUCAUCGGCGCCGUCUUCUUCGGCUUCGGAAACACCCGGGAAACUCCCCAGCAGAUUGUGAACGUCAUGGGUGCGCUUUACACGGCUGCUCUCUUCCUCGGGUGGAGCAAUCUCGCGUCGAUCCAGCCAAUGCUGGCCGUGGAAAGGAGUAUUUACUACCGGGAGCGGGGCGCCGGGAUGUAUGGAGCUAUCCCGUACGCGCUCGCGCAAGGGGCGAUUGAGCUGCCAUACUUGGUGGUUCAGGCUUUGGUGUACUCGUUAAUAACAUACUCGAUGAUUCGGUUCGAGUGGACGCUCGGCAAGUUCCUGCUGUACCUGCUGUUCCAGUUCCUCACGCUGCUCUACUUCACGUGUUUUGGCAUGAUGACGAGUGCCAUCACGCCCGCUGAAGGGUUAGGAACGCUGCUCUCUGCCUUCAUCUACUCCUUCUGGAAUCUUCUCUGCGGCUUCCUCCUGCCGCAGCCGCAUCUGUGUGUGCUGUAA